ACCCCUGGUAAAGAUCUACAGACCCAGCAGUCAACCUUCCUUCUCUUGAUGUGGCAAGCAUUCUAGGUGUUGGUACCUGAGGAAGCAGCACACAUAAGUCUGCAAAGCGCUUUGGCCCUUUCGUUGCUCGCUCGAUGAAUUCUGAUUCUUAUGAUCAGUUCUGCGUCCAUGUACUAUUGACGAUGAGUUCUCUGUUUGGUUCUCUUGUGUAAGCAUUCAAGCCAUGUCUGGUUGAGUGCCUUUGUAGUCCCCUCCGAUAACCACGAAAGCACAACAGAAUAUAAGAUCAGGUAUACAGAGGCUUCGCACCUCCCAUGUUUGACCAUUGCCAAGCGAGACGUUUAUCAACAUCGAUACAUAUCACUGGCACGUGCUGUGAGCGAUUGCGCGGAUGCAUCCGCCUCAUGGGCAAAAUGAACAUGAUCGACCCAAGAAGGAAGAUGGCGAACACUUUCCCGAACGCUCCGAUGACCUUGGUCUCCACCCUUCACUUCCGACAGAUAUUCGAUCUGAAUCGCCAACCAUCUAAAGCUGAAGUAGACGGGAGGCUUGGCCCUCGUCUAGACCAUUCAAACCCAAAGGAAGUUCUCCGAAGAGAAGCGACACGAGAUCAACUCACGUCAGGAGCACUGCCUCCCAGGUCUCUGUUGCCACAUAUCUCAUGCCGUAGCUCACAGAAGCGUCUUGAUGAUGUAGGAGGAGAUCAUCGGUCCAAGAGAAUUAGCAAAGUAGCGGAUCAUCCAGGGGGUUGCAGGUGUCCGUGAACCUAGUCGAGAAGAUCUUCAAGUCAAUUCCAUAUCAUUGAACAAUGCGAGGUCUUCGGAAUUUCCUGCUCGUGUGCACAAUGCAUUGUCUCAGACAACACAACGAAAAGCUCAAAGCGCGGAC